AUGGUUUUCUCUGGGUUCCUUCCCCGCACUGUCCGUCUCAGUCAGAGCGGCGGACUCCACGGGCUGUUUUCUGGAGAUGUAGAGAAAAGAGCUGCCAAGUGGUGUAGCUUCGAGCAGCAGAGUCUCAGCAGAGCCCGGUCCAGCGCCGAGGAGGAUGGGCACCCAAAGGCCCAACCCUGGACCCCUGCACUGCAGUGGGUCGGGGGUGUGGGCGCCCGGGCGGAUGAAACGGGAGAGACCUACAGAAGAGUCGGGUUUGAUCCGCGGCGAGAGAGAUGA